GUGCGCUGCGGAUGAUUUAUAACACUUGGUGAGGAAAAAUUUUACGUAUUCAGCAGAUGGCAUGUGACAACGUAACGGGACAGGCUGACUCAGUCAUCAAUAUCAUUCUUCUGUGUUUCCUAAACGUGGUCGAACAAAUUAAUUUGAAGUGAAGUGGACACGUCCUACAUUGAUACGGUGGGCCUGGUUAGAGGCAGUAUUUAGGAGCACAGCUCUGUGCCCUAGACCACUGAUAACCUCUUCAGGCUGUUUCUGUAUGGGAGGGAAUGGGACAAUUGGCUGCUGGUGGUAACCACAUAGAGACAUUAUGGAAAUGUGGAGUUUUCACAGCAUUACUCCUCUCUCACCUGUGUUGCCUUCAAGUGUGGGCACACUGUAGGAUCCUGAGGUGCAACUCAGAGUUUGUGGCUGCCACUCUGGACCUAGGGGGUGCAGGGGGUGGCAGAGAAGGGGGCAAUGCGGGAUACUGCAGUGCCCUACGCUCCUAUGCUCUUUGCACACGGCGCACAGCGCGUGCCUGCAGGGGUGAUCUGGCCUACCACUCUGCCGUGCAAGGCAUCGAAGAUCUACUUAUCCAGCACCGCUGCCCCAAAGCAGGCCCCACGGCCCAGCCUCGACCCCCUCCUCAAGCACCUCUCUCUGGGGACGCCUGCAUCUACGAGAAGGCCCAUGUUCAGGGCAAGGGCCGAAUGCCUGAUUACCUCCACUGUGCAGUGUUUGGUGAUCCUCACGUGAGGACCUUCGGCAAUGAGUUCCAGACUUGUGCUGUACAUGGUGCUUGGCCCUUGGUGGAUAAUGAGUUCCUCUACAUCCAGGCAACCAGUGCUCCAGUACAAGAGGGUUUAUAUGCUACAGCACUCAGCAAGAUCACCAUCAUCUUUAAGAACAGACGUGAAUGUGCAGAGCAGCAGAUAUAUGAAGCAGAGUUGGACAAUGUACCACCUGCCUUUGUGGAUGGCUCAGUGAGCAGCGGGGAGCGGCAGGGUAAGCACAGCCUUCAGGUCCGCUCGAAAGCUCCGGGACGUCACGCUGAGAUCUUGGCAGCUCACAUCGGGACCACCCUGGUGGUGCGACAGACUGGACGUUCCCUGGGCCUAUCCCUUCGCUCACCUCAGGCCAUAGUGGAGUCCUACAAGCCUGAGCAGGACCUGCAGUUGUGUGUGUGGGGUUGUCCGGUUUCACAGCGCCUGGAGAGAUCUCAGGUUCAGCCCACCACUGCUGUGCACGAUCACUGUUCUUCUCUGUUGCCCACCAGGGAUGUGUACUUUCAGGCUUGUCUGUUUGAUGUAAUGACCACAGGGGAUGUCAACUCCAGCGCGUCAGCCAUGGCCGCUCUGGAAGAUGCACAAGCCAUGAUUACAGACCCUGGAGUAGUCCAUUUACUUGUUGGUGGAGUUGUUAGGAUCACCCCCUCUCUGACUCUGGCUCUCACCAUAGCUGUUAGCGAGAUGCUUCAGAAUGUUUUGUCAUAAUUAUAUAUAUAUAUAUAUAUUUAUGUCAAUGACACAAAGCCUAGUUUAAUCAUUGUUUGGAUAUUUGGUUUAGGGGUAAAGUCUCCUGCUUUUUCUGGUUCGUUGUGAUAUGAACUGCUGGACACUAAUAGGACUUAAGCCAUUUUAAUGAAAUGGCACAGAGAUGAGAGACAUGAAGAACAGAUGAAACUCUGUUUUAAGAGGUUGCUUUGUUCAAGUUAUUUUGUCAGUAUUAUGAUUUUGAUGCACAAGAACGUGUCAUUGAAAUUUUUAUUUAUUUGAUUAAGUGCAGUAUGAAUGGGCCUUGACAUCAGCUUUAUUUACCGUUUGUCAUUUUGACAAGCAGAACAGAUUUUUUUAUACUUGUCAAAUAGAUGAAAUAACUUGUUCAAAACAGAAAGAUUAAACAGGUAAAUCAUCUAAACUGGUGAAUGACUGUCAAGUACUGUUAGCCUGCAGCUAGGAAUGAAUUUCCUAAUACUCUUUAAUUUAUAACAUUGGUGGCCACUGGCUAGUUUUUAUGCUGGUCAUUUAGAUUGCUUUGUUAGCACUUUAUUAGGCCAACUUCUGGUGGUUUCUAGAACAUUGUAAAUGCUGCUCUCUUUAUCCCCCAAAAUAGCACAGAGAUGACAGGGAAUGGACAAGGUUGUAAUAUUUCCCUUAUCACCUAGAGUGAUAUUGAGAGAGAGAGAGAGUUGGCAUAAAGAGCAUGUGCAGAACACCAGGAUGAUAAUAAUAUGAGCUUCGAAACAUCAAAAAUAUACUUCACUUCAGCAUAUCAUCAUCAUUGUUUGAUAUUGUGAUUUCUUUGUAACUUUUUACUUACUUACUCAAUCUUUAUUUUGUUGUUCAGGUGUUCGCAGAGAGAUGCAAUGAUAUUUUAGGUUUAUCUUAUGUCAUUGGUUGUUUAAGAAUGUAAGUUUAGGGGGAAAAGGUGUCAAAAGAUGUUCAUGUAAUUUCUAUCAGUAUCCAUGGAAACAGUCUGGAACUGUCCCUGGAGCAAUUUGUAUUUAUGUAAGUCUGAGCAAAAAAUUAUACUGAUAUGUGGAUACACUUAUUAAUAUAUGUAAAUCUCUGUGAUCACACACACAAACUGUGAACAGUGAGCAAUAUUUAACCCAUCCAACACACCAGUAGUGAACACACACACACACCAGAUGCAGGAGCAGUGGGCAGCAUUCCUUGCAUUUGGGUUAAGGGUCUUGCCCAAGGUCUGGAUGUCAGUCCUAGGAAUUGAACCAGCAACCCUUCGGUCAUGAGCCUGGUUUUCUAACCUCUAGACCAUGGCUAUAUUGUUAAAAGAAACUUGGUUUCAGCUCAGUUUCAGAAUGGUGUCUGGAAACACUGUUUGGAAAUUAAAGUUCCAGUUCAUUUUUUUUCUUUCAAA